AUGUGUCCUGGCCUGUCUGACGACCUCCAGCAAAUCGACAACGCCAGGAAGACCGCCAUCAUUGACCGCGAACUAAAGAGGCUGAACAUUGAUAUCGCAGCACUGCAAGAGACGCGACUCUCCGAGAGCGGCAGCUUGAAGGAGAGCAACUACACGUUCUUCUGGCGGGGGCAAGAGCACCACGAGCGCCGACUCUAUGGCGUCGGUUUUGCUGUCUGGAACACCCUCCUAUCCACCAUAGAAGCACACUCUUCAGGCACACCACGUGUCCUCUCCCUUCGCCUCACCACCUCUUCUGGACCAACCAACAUUCUUAGCGUCUACACCCCAACACUCAGCUCCGCAACCGAGGCUAAGGACCAGUUCUACGAGGAGCUCGAGGCAAAGAUCAGGCUGAUUCCCAAGAAGGAGCACCUAUUCCUACUUGGAGACUUCAAUGCCCGUGUGGGAGCCGACCACGAUUCCUGGCCUCGGUGCAUCGGCCAUUUUGGCGUCGGCAAGCUCAACGAGAAUGGCCUUCUUGAACUGUGCUCCUUCCAUGACCUCUGUCUCACCAACACCUUCUUCCCCACCAAGCCCCACCACAGGAUGUCCUGGAGACACCCAAGGUCCUAUCACUGGCACCAGUUGGACUUUGUUGCCACCAGAAGAUCCUUACUGAAUCAAGUGCUGGUCACACGCAGCUACCACAGCGCUGACUGCGACACCGACCACUCCCUCGUCGCAAGCAAGGUGCGCCUCCUUCCCAGACGUGCCCACCACUCCAAGCAGAAGCCCCGACCCCGUAUAAACAUAGCCAGAACAAACAAGUCUGAACUGCAGGAACUCUUCGCCAUAGCCAUCGACGAAGCCCUGGAAGGCUGCCCAACCGACAGUGCAACUGAACGGUGGAACCAUAUACGCGAGGCUGUGUUCCAGACUGCCCUGGACACCUUCGGUAGAAGAGAGAGGAAGAGCACUGACUGGUUUGAGGCAGGAGUCGCUAAACUGGAGCCCGCCAUCGCUGCUAAACGAGUCUCCCUACUUGCUCACAAGAAAGACCCUUCCACAAAGACACUCGUAGCACUCUGUGCUGCUCGAAGUGACACACAGAAGAUCGCCAGGCGCUGUGCCAAUGAUUAUUGGUUAAAUCUCUGUCACAACAUCCAACUCUCCGCAGACCUAGGCAACAUGCGAGGGAUGUACGAGGGCAUGAAGAAGGCUCUCGGCCCAAGUCCCGUCAAAACGGCCCCACUCAAAACAGCCGAGGGUGAGAUCAUCAAAGACCGCUGCAAGCAAAUGAAGAGGUGGGCUGAACACUAUCAAGAGCUCUACUCAAGGGAAACCACCAUCACCAGCACGGCCCUUGAGAACACUCAGUCACUGCCUCCUAUGGUCGAGCUCGACACACCACCCACCAAUGAAGAGCUCAGCAAGGAUGUUGACAAUCUAGCCAACAGCAAAGCACCAGGCAGCGACAACAUUCCUCCUGAGGUAAUCAAGGCCGCAAAAGGGAGCUCUCUCCUACAACACCUUCAUGAGCUACUAAAGCAGUGUUGGAAGGAAGGAGCAGUGCCCCAGGACAUGCGUGACACCAUGAUCGUCACGCUCUACAAGAAUAAGGGGGAACGGAGCGACUGCAACAACUACCGUGGCAUUUUGCUCCUCAGCAUUGUCGGCAAAGCAUUUGCACGGGUCGCCCUAAACAGACUGCAACUCCUCGCAGAACGCGUUUAUCCAGAGGCACAGUGCGCCUUCAGGGCCGCAAGGUCAGCUAUCGACAUGGUGUUCUCUGUGAGGCAGCUGCAGGAGAAAUGCCGGGAGCAGAGACAGCCCCUGUAG